AUGCUUUUGGACAGGCGUCUGGCAGAUGAAGACGAUGAGUUGUCUGAGGUACAACCGGACGCGGUGCCACCGGAAGUGCGAGAGUGGCUCGCGUCUACAUUCACACGGCAGCUGGCGACGGCGAAGCGAAAGUCGGAUGAAAAACCUAAGUUCCGAUCUGUGGCGCACGCGAUCAGGGCGGGGAUUUUCGUGGAUAGAAUCUAUAGGCGAGUUACAAGUACUGCCUUGAUGCAAUUUCCUCAAGAUGUUGUUAGAGUAUUAAAGACAUUAGAUGAAUGGUCCUUUGAUGUUUUCGCAUUACACGAUGCGUCCGCCGGAUAUCCGGUCAAGUAUCUCGGAUAUGAACUCCUCAACCGAUAUGGAAUGAUACAUAAGUUUAAAGUACAACCUCCGACGUUGGAAAACUUUCUCAGUAGAAUAGAGGAAGGUUAUUGCAAGUUUCAUAAUCCGUACCACAACAACCUUCAUGCUGCGGACGUAGCUCAAACUGUGCAUUAUAUGUUGUGUCAGACUGGCCUCAUGAACUGGCUAUCAGACUUAGAGAUAUUCGCAACGUUGGUGGCAGCGAUCGUGCAUGACUUCGAACAUACAGGCACAACUAACAAUUUCCACGUAAUGUCGGGGUCUGAUACAGCACUAUUAUACAACGACAGAGCAGUACUAGAAAACCAUCAUAUAAGCGCAGCAUUCAGAUUGCUGAAAGAGGAAGAAAACAAUAUUCUUCUCAACCUAUCACGGGAUGAGUUCCGAGAGUUCCGAACAUUGGUGAUAGACAUGGUACUGGCCACAGAUAUGUCAUUCCAUUUCCAACAGCUGAAGAACAUGAGGUCUCUACUAACCCUGGCCGAACCUACCGUGGACAAAUCCAAGGCAGUCUCUCUUGUUCUACACUGCUGUGAUAUCUCACACCCGGCUAAGAGAUGGGACCUUCAUCAUAGAUGGACAAUGAGUCUUCUAGAUGAGUUCUUCCUCCAGGGAGAUAAAGAAAGAGAACUGGGCCUUCCAUUCAGUCCACUCUGUGAUAGGAACAACACACUAGUCGCUGAAUCUCAAAUCGGUUUUAUAGACUUUAUUGUGGAGCCAAGUUUGGGCGUAUGCGCAGAUAUGUUGGAAUGCAUCCUAGGCCCUUUGCAUUCCAAUACUAAAAACGCAACAAGUACCAGCCAAGGUGCUCAUAGUCAGGAUAAUGCUAGCGCUGAGGUCACAAAAUUAAAAAUAAAGAAACCAUGGGUCACUUGCCUUAUGGACAACAAAAAGAUUUGGAAAGAGCAAGCCGCAAAAGAUGCAGAAGACCGGGCCAAACUAGAAGAGGAGACGAACGGGGCACCGCCGCAACCACCAGCUGAAUAA